AGAACAACAGUCAGUGAAUUAAAAAAGUUAGGAAAGUUUAGGGUCCAAAAGAGAAAUAAAGCAAAUAUAUACACAGGAAAAAGGGGAUAAGGCAAAAAGGAUUUGCUUACACUUGAGCGAGAGCGAGAGCGAGAGAGUGAGAUAAAAUGGCGAGCGUGAGUGGGUGUGGUUCAGUGAGUCUGAUAACUAACCGCAGUACGUUCCUGGGAAGCGGACUUCAACACCGUGCCGUUUUCCUGAAACCAUGGUCGUCUUCUUCGCUUCAGUCUCGGUCCAUGGUUGUUGAAGCCAAAACCAAAACCAGCAGCGAAGACCGAAUCGCCCGCCAUUCUCGUAUCCGUAAGAAGGUUAAUGGUACGACAGAGAGGCCAAGGCUCUGUGUUUUCCGUUCAAACAAGCAUCUUUAUGUUCAAGUGAUUGAUGAUACCAAGAUGCACACCUUAGCUUCAGCUUCCACUAAGCAGAAACCUAUCUCUGAAGAGUUUGACUACACCUCUGGACCAACCAUUGAGGUAGCAAAGAAAGUUGGGGAAGUGAUAGCAAAAUCUUGCUUGGAGAAAGGUAUCACAAAGGUAGCUUUUGACCGUGGUGGUUACCCUUACCAUGGGCGUAUUGAGGCUCUUGCUGCUGCUGCGCGUGAACACGGUCUUCAGUUCUAACCGUCGUUUUCUUUCCUUCUUCCUUUAUGAGGAACAGCUUAUGAAUGUAGAGAACCCAUUUUCCCCAAUUGAAAUGUUGAAAUUUUUCUAUAAUUUUGAUAUAAGCCUAAACCAAGGCCCUGAACAAACAUGUAUUCAAACAUUUCACUAAAGUAUCAUAAGUUGCAUAACAACAA